GAAUUUUAAACUAAUUACAAAUGAUGGUGUUUGUAACAAAAAAGAUGGGCCCCCUACGUAGAUGACCCUCUUCGUUGCUUGUGUAAUUUGGGAGAAAGUGAAAAAAUAAUUUUGAGAGAGGACAAAGCAAUGACAUAGAAAACAAAUAAUAGAAAGAGAAAGAUAUAAGUGAGUUUACAUAAAAUAGGUAAAGACAUAGUUGCAAUAUUUGGACUAAAUGAUGAGUCAUUUGGGACUUUAAAUGGACGAAAUGACUCAUGCAUUUUUUCUUUAGCAAACGAGUCCUUUGACAUCAAAUGACUCAAAUAAAUCAUUUGGUACCAAAUGAUUCGUAUAACUGGCUCAAACAAACGACCCCUUAAAAAUCCAAAUUUAUUUUUGUACUUGUACAGUACCAAAUGACUCAUACAAAUGAUUCAAGCAAACCACCCCAAGACUCCAAAUUUACUCAGACCUAUGUUGGAUCUUCAUGUCCUGAGGCCAUUUCGGGCCCAUGCUUUACCGGGAGGCGGGAGCCCAUGAGCCAAUGACCAGCUAUUUAUUAUUUAUUUAUUUAUUUUGGGUGGAAUGCUUGAGCUUUUCCGUUCAACUAUAAUUUGUUUCGACUUUCGAGUGCCCUGUAAACCCUAAACGAAGGAAGCAGUGAACCCGGUGAUAAGUUCCCCGUCGGCGACCAUGACUUUCAAGCGCAGAAAUGGAGGACGUAACAAGCACGGCCGUGGCCAUGUCAACUUCGUCCGCUGCUCUAAUUGCGGCAAGUGUUGUCCUAAGGACAAGGCGAUUAAGAGGUUUUUGGUGAGAAACAUUGUAGAGCAAGCUGCGGUGAGGGACAUUCAAGAGGCUUGUGUUUUUGACGGCUAUGUUCUCCCUAAGCUGUACGUGAAGAUGCAAUACUGUGUUUCCUGUGCAAUCCACUCCAGGGUUGUCAGGGUUCGAUCCCGCGAGGAUCGAAGGAAGCGCGAGCCCCCUCAGCGGUUCACCAGGCGCAAGGAGGAUCAGCAAAGGCCUGGAGGCCCUGGUCAAGCUCCCCGUACUGGAGCACCGGUUGCUGCUCGCACGUAAGAAGCAAAGGGUUCUGUUCUCUUCCGGUGGCUCUCAGUGCAGAUGUAGAGAGCUUUCAAUGCUUCAUAGUUUAGGCAGCCCUUAGUUUUCCCUCUUAUGACUCAUGACAGCCAGUUGGAUCGGUCUUCGAGUCCCUGCACGUUUUGAUGGUCAUAUACCCCUCAUAAGAUAGUUAUAUGUUUGUUGAACUGGUUCGUAAUCAGUUCUGCUGUGUUUUGUUGUUAGAAAUCUCGUUGUGACUGCAUAUUUUGUUGAGGCGGCAUUCUAAAUUGAGAUUCUAUUCUGCGGUGAACAAUAUUUGCAAGCAAUAAAAGAAGAAAGAGCAG